AUGACCUCAUCGAACCACCAACAGCCACCGUCACUCUCCGACUCCGACUCUGAUUCCGACGGCGGCGCCUCCACCAGCGACCUCCUCCGCCACUCCGAAUCCAUAUUCAAAUCCUACUUCGAUAAUUCCGGCCAAUCCUCCUCCGCCGCCGACCUCUCCAAGAUUCAAUCGUUCCUCAACUCCACCUCCUCCGGCGCUCUAUCAUGCAUGAUAUGCCUCGAGCGCAUCAAACCCUCUGAUCCCACGUGGUCCUGCACCUCCCUCUGCUUCGCCGUCUUCCACCUCAUCUGCAUCCAAAGCUGGGCGCGACAAGCCUCCGAUCUCGCCGCCGCGCGUGCCGCCACGCGCCUCCCCAUUUCCUCCGACAAGGCCUCCGAAGCCGCCGUCUGGAACUGCCCGAAAUGCAGGGUCGAAUACCCGAAGAAUCACAUUCCCAAAACGUACCUCUGCUUCUGUGGGAAAUCGGAGAACCCUCCGAGUGAUGAUCCAUGGGUUUUGCCACAUUCAUGUGGCGAAGUUUGUGGGAGGCCAUUGAAGCACAAUUGCGGGCACCAUUGUUUGCUUCUCUGCCAUCCCGGGCCCUGCCCGUCCUGCCCGAAACUCGUUAAAGUUCGUUGCUUUUGUGGGUCCCUUGAAGAUGUUAGAAGAUGCGGGUUCAAGGAAUUCUCUUGCAACAAAACUUGUUCCAAGUUGUUGGAUUGCGGUGUUCACAAGUGCGUUGAGAUUUGCCACAAUGGUCCUUGCCCUGCUUGCAUGACACGUGGCGUGUACAGGUGCAGGUGCGGGAAGGUGAAGGAAGAGAGAGAGUGCUGUGAUGGUGUUUUCUGUUGUGGUGAACCGUGUGAGAAGAAGCUUAGUUGUGGGAAGCAUGUUUGUGAGAGAGGGUGUCAUUAUGGUGAGUGUGGUGAGUGUCCCCUUAUGGGGAAGAGAACUUGCCCUUGUGGGAAUAAGGUGUAUGAAGGAAUGCCUUGUGAUGCUACUUUGCAGGUUUGUGGAGCUACUUGUGAUAAAAUGUUGAGCUGUGGAUAUCACAGGUGCCAUGAGCGAUGCCACCGUGGGAAAUGUAUUGAGAAUUGUAGGAUUGUUGUGAGGAAGUCCUGUCGCUGUGGGAGCCUCAAGAAAGAUGUUCCUUGCUAUCAAGAUUUGGCAUGUGAAAGGAAGUGUCAGAGGAUGCGUGACUGUGGUCGGCAUGCGUGUAAACGUCGCUGCUGUGAUGGGGAUUGCCCUCCAUGCUCAGAGAUAUGUGGCAGGAAGCUUCGUUGUAAGAAUCAUAAAUGCCCUUCUCCAUGUCAUAGAGGUGCCUGUGCUCCUUGUCCAAUAAUGGUGACAAUUUCGUGUGCAUGUGGGGCGACACAUUUUGAGGUUCCUUGUGGUACCGAAAUGGAUCAAAAGCCACCUAAAUGUCCCAAACCAUGUCCAAUUACUCCUUUAUGUCGGCAUGCAUUAAACUGCAAGCCACACAAAUGCCAUUAUGGAGCCUGCCCUCCUUGUCGGCUACCUUGUGCAGAAGAAUUCCCAUGUGGCCAUACAUGCAAAUUAAGGUGUCAUGGUGCUAAACCUCCUCCUAAUCCAGAGUUUACUCUCAGACCAAAGAAAAAGAAGAUAAUACAACAAAGUGAAAGUGUUUCUGGCACUCCAUGCCCUCGUUGCCCAGAACUUGUGUGGAGAUCAUGUGUCGGGCAACACAUUGGAGCAGAUAGAAUGAUGGUCUGCUCUAAUGAAUCACAGUUCUCCUGUGAAAAUUUAUGUGGUAAUCCUCUACCAUGCGGAAAUCAUUAUUGUACUAAAACUUGUCAUCCCUUUGAGGACCAGACUUAUGUGAACCAACUAAAGAGGAGCGAGCCUUGUGAAAAUUGUUCUCUUCCUUGCCAAAAGGAAAGAGAGCCUGUAUGUCCACAUCACUGCCCUCGGCGAUGCCAUCCCGGAGACUGUCCCCCAUGCAAGGUGCUCAUUAAACGGUCAUGUCACUGUGGCGCAAUGGUCCAUGCUUUUGAGUGCAUAUAUUACAACAGCUUGUCUGCAAAGGGUCAAGAGACUGCUCGUUCAUGUGGUGGACCAUGUCAUAGAAAGUUGCCAAAUUGUACACAUCUAUGCCCAGAGAUAUGUCAUCCCGGACAAUGUCCAAAUCCUGAGAAAUGCUGUAAAAAGGUUACUGUUCGUUGCAAAUGUCAAACAUUAAAAAAGGAGUGGCUUUGUCAAGAUGUUCAAGCAGCGUAUCAUCGUGCUGGUUGCCAUCCAAGGGAUAUACUAAAAAAUCAAUUUGGAAUCGGACUUAUUCCUUGCGAUUCAGUUUGUAAGAGUAAAGUGCAGGUUGUUGAGUCAGAACUACAAUUGCGUAAAUCUAAAGUAUCAGAGGUAAAAGAGCCAGAUAAUGAAAAACCAGUUCCAAAGCGACGAAAAAGGCGGGAACGGGUACUAGAAUCCAAGGAAACAUCAAAACUACAGAAAAUCUUUUCCAGAACAAAGCAACUUCUUCUAUUUGUCUUUAUUUUUGUCAUACUUCUUGCUGCUACAUAUUAUGGGUACAAGGGACUUCUACGGCUCUCUGAAUGGAUGAACGAGGUUGAUGAACGAAGACAAAGAUAUUCUCGAAUCAAAUGAGUUAUUAACAGUUUAGUUACAUUAUUUUUUUCCCCCAUCCAUGAGGAUGUAGUGCAUUCUUUUUACAUAGACAAGAAAAUAAUCACUCCGUAGAUAACAUGACAUGCUCAGAGUUUCAAAAGUGUAUUUAUCUUUAUUUUUAUAUUUUUUUGUUGUGUGUGGUUUCAAUGAAUUUGCAUGUGUCCAAUGUUACUAAAAAUUUAGUUGUAUACUUCAACACGUGAC